GUUCUGGCGAAGCGGUUGCGGUAGUGGCUGCCCUUAUUGAGGGCAUACCUGGUCUUGUUCCAGAUCGACUGGAGCCCAACGAGGAGAUUUGCUUCUGGGUCGGCUACGCAGAUGUGACAGCGGCGGGCUGGCUCGGGGUGCUUGGAGUUCUAACUAUCCUUGGAGCGGACCUUCUGAUCUUCCUGGCUGGAUGGCUCCGAUCGAUCCUGCUCCUCCUGCUUGGGGGCUUCCUGGCUCUCUGUAGCGCUUCGUCGUUGCUGCUGGCACUCGGGGCGCUGCUGGUCAUGGAGCCCCGAGGUCUGGGCACUGCCCCCGGUCUCUAUUUUCUGUCUGGCUCGGUCUCAGCUGCAUUCUUGGGCACGACGAUGGUGCUGUACCAGGCCUCGAAAGCAACGCCAACCAGACUGCAGGACGAGAGGCCCAACUGGAAGGACGAGAUGGAGGGGCUGACGGAGGAAGAGGAGCGAGCUCGGAUACAGCAAGCCUUGGUGGAGUGUGUUGACAACUUGCACGACAUCCCGCGACUGGACAGGUAUAGAGUGAGCAUGCACAUCCUGGAAGAGUGCGACAUGGAGGACCUCAGCUAUGAAGAAUGGAUCAUUGAGGAGCGGCUUCGAAUGAAGACGGGCAAAGCACGACGAGCGAUGUUGACUGAGGAGGAGCUGAAACGAGCCACGAUUGAGCUUCGCAUCCGACGCAGUCCGCAAGAAGCGCUCAAGAAGGUGCUUCAAAUGAUGGUCGAAGAGGCCCGAAAGGGGCGCGGAGCGAGCAGAGUUCCCGUGCCUAUGCUGCAAGAGGCUUUUCAAGAAAUCGAUGUCACCUUGCGAAAUCGCAUUACAACGCGGGAAUUGCUUGCAGCGCUGAAGGUGUGCGGCAUCUUCAUGGAAGGGCCUACAGCCGAAAAGCUGCUUUGGUGGUUCCAUCGAGAACAGGACUCGCCAGAUGACGGAUAUCUGGACAUCGCACAGUUCAUUUUCCUAUUCAACCAGGUGGCAGAUAUGAUGGCCAAAGAGACGAUGAUGAAGAAAGCUUCAAGGGGGUACACUAUCACCUGCCGCGUGUCGUUCAUGGCCAAUCUUGUCUUUUUGUGCUUCGUCCUCUUCUCAGUCACGCAAGAGUCGGCUGAUCCGUCGUGGGACAUGAUCCUGAACGUGUUCGGGAGUGCUUUUGUACUCCAGUUCUGGCUUGUUAUCGGCUUCCCGAUGCUGUGUUCAGUCAUCGGCACAAAGGCAGCCGUUUGGAAUAAGCACUUCGUGCGGCAGCUUUUGAAAUUUAUUCGAUGUAUCUGUCGACCUGUCCUUCGCAUGAUGGGCUGUAUGUGGACGACAUUGAGUCGGAUUCGAGCCUGCUGCUGCGCCAUUUGCUGCAUAUGUUGUCCUCCGGGGGACUACGACGACGACGAAGAGGUCGAUGAAGAAGCUGGCCCUGGCGGCCAUGGCGGCCAGGUGCCGGCGCAGAAGGAGAUGAACGACUUCGAUUUGUACCCGAUGGAUGCCGUCUCGGACUUCGGAACUGACUCGGUCAGCUCGAGACCCUUCACUGGCGAGGCGGAGGCACCUGAUGACACGCAGGAGGUCACGUCACCGGCGGAACCUGAAGCUGCACAACAGACUAUUCCACGAUCUCGAACGCCAACACCAACUCGCACGUCGUCUCGUACACCACCCAGGACACCUCCCAGAACCCCUCCUAAGUCGCCUCCGCGGUCUGCGCAGACGCUGCGAGCACGGCUAAUGUUCAAAAGCGAGGACGAGGUCCUUCAUUUCCAAGUUUCAUCUCAGGAGAACCGCAGCCCAACCCUAUCGCCGAAGCGAGUUUCAAAACAAGAAGCUUGGGGCAUCGGCGAUCCUUCUGAAGGGCAGUUUGGAGCUAGGAAGAAGCGGCGUUCGAGGAGGGCCUCUCGCCGCUCUUCCAGAAAGGGCCGAGGGAGUGGCUUGCUCGGCUUUGGCUUCCAACGGCGUGGAGCGAUAGUUGGCCCGGGAGCUCUCGAGGAGCCCGCGUCCUCACGGUCACCUCAUGCAUCACCGAGGGCCUUGUCGGCAUCGCGGCGCUGCUCGACAGCAUGUCUGGGUUCGCAAGGAUCAGGCCUGAGCCGUCGGUCACGCUCCAGCACGCGAUCCCUCAACAAGAAGCAGAGAGGAUUCUGGGGCAUGCUUUUGGGUCGGCGAGGCAGCGUGAGCAGCUUGAGCAGCAAGGCCCGGCGCGAGAUCAAGCGCAACUUGACAGCCGCCAAGGAAAGGUACGACCCGAGUGCCUAUGAAGAAGCAGCGCAGCGGGCCACCGCUGCCGGCGGUGGUGUGAUAUCGAGUUUUUCACCGAUGCAAGUACGGGACCUGCGAGCUCCCGAACUUCUUGCGCCCACACCGCUGCAGGUCUUUGCUUUACCAGGGAGCACAGAGACUGAGACGGAGAAGGAUUUGAGCCCCCGUUUUGGCAGAGGCUCCGUGAGAAGUUCCGCGAACAGGAGCUGGAGCAAAACUUCAGGCCUAGACAGAAGCUCGUCUGCUGCGAGCUGCAGCAAGACAUCUAUGUCAGUUGCAGGCUUCAUGGAGAAGAGUGGAUCGUUGGCAAGCUUCGGCAAGGAUGAGGAAGGGUUGCGUUCGCCUUGA